CUAACGGGCGGUCGGGCGCGGUAAAGAAACCGCCAGCGCCGCCGGCCACCAACGAUGACCACCACUAUGGAUGGCCGCCGCCACAGAGAAAUCGAGGAGGCCGCCGCCGAUUCGUCUGACAAAACCACCUCAACCAGCCCAUCUGGUGGUGUGCCGGACGACCGCGCCGCCCCACAUGAGACCCCUUCUUCUUCCGAGGAGAAGAAAGACGACGCGGCCCCUGCCCCGCAGCGGAACCCUCGCGCUCUGAGGCUCAGGCUGCUGAACCUCAUCCGCACCUUCUACCUGGAGGCGCUCUCCCGCCUGCCCGCCGCCCGGCUCUGGAGCACGCACGCCCGCGGCGUCCUCGUCGCCGGCCACUGCUACGGGCCCUUCUCUCCCGUCGACAACAUCCUCGUUAACGCCAUCUGGUAUGACACCGCCUUUCCCCGCCGCCCCACCACCGAGUUUCACUUCGGCGACGUGCUUGAGAUCAGCCCCCAAUGCAUGGCCCGCGCCGCCCACCGCUCCCUAGAGGGCCUCGUCGCCUUCCUCCUCCAACUAUGUCCCUCGCUCUCGCGCGACGACGCGCUCUGGCACCUCCAUCUCUCCAAGGCCGAUCUAUUGCAAGCCGUCGCCUCCGCCUCUGACUCCGCCUUGUCGCCCACCCAUGCCGCCUUUCUCGCCGCCGCCGAGGCGGCGCAUCACCCCGUGCCGCGCGCCAUGGCGCACUUCGCCUCCUCCGUCCUUCCCACUGUUGAGCAUAAUGCCCACAAGCUUCUUCGCGUCAACCAGGUGCUCUCCGCCCCUGAUCUCGACCGCCUCUCCGCCAUGCUGGUUCCCUCCCCGAUUCCAGGAGAUCUCUGCCCCCCUCCUCCACUGCUGACGACCUGGGUGUCUGCCAUCAUCAAGUCUCGCAUGGACGGCUGCAGAGAUUCCCAGGAAACCUCACGCCAACUGGCUGAAACUGUACUACGCAAAUAUGUUCAGCAAACUGGUCAAAUCUACGAACUCCAUAUGUUUUGUGGCUUGCAUGUGUUCUUCGGACCGAAACCCUUUUGGCACAUCAACUUCUUGGCACGGCCAAAGGAUGCCGCUGGUGAGCUGCCCAUUUACUUCUUCGCCGAAGCAACUGUACCCAUGGGUGACGACAAUGAAUUCCUCGAGGAUGAUAUCGUCUUGUGCUGCCCAAUCAAACCGUCUAGAAUUGGUGGUUGUGAAGCUUGUAGCGCCCAAUACAUAAAGAUUGACCACCCUGUUGACACAGAACAUAACGGUGGAUUGGAGGAGUAUGACGAUGAGGAGAUUGGGAAUGGAGAUGAUCUCUGGGACUAUAAUUUUCCUCUUGUGGACUUUGUCAUGUUUGAUGCUGAGAGGGACAGUCCAACUGUACGUGCUAUAGAGGAGAGCUUUCCUCAGAGUUCUGACGGGGAUGAAAGCAUCGAGGACUUCUGGAUUUGUGAAAUGUGAUACGGAGUACUUAGCAGUAGUAAUUUAUAUAGUUAUGGUUGCAUAUACUCACUUCUGGAGUAGCAUCUGUCAGAUCAAUCUACCGAUUGCUUGUUACCACAAAGAAAAGAUGUUAAGACUGGCUAGGGGAAAUGCCAGUUGGAUCAAAUACUGCAGCAGAAGAGAAAUUGUGGCAUAAAAUGUGGAAGGUGCAAGUGCCCUCUAAACUGAAAUUGUUCCUAUGGCAGCUUGCUCAACAAUCUCUACCAACUGGUGAUGUUCGUCAUCACCGUAAUGACAUACUCAAGGUCUUGCUCAAUUUGUUGGGCAGCAGACUCAUGGAGGCAUUCUUUGAUUGAUUGCACAAUCUCAAAAUGUGUUAGGGCUCUAGUAAACGAAGAGAUUACUCAGCAUAUGUGUAUGACUGAGGAACCGCCGGAGAAGCAAUGGAUCUUCUCCAUGAUCAGGACUCUUGACCAUGCAUAGUUUGUCGAAAUGGUGGUAGCCCUCUGGGCUAUAUGGUUUGCUCGGCGAUGGCUUAUACAUGAUGGUGACCAACAAAGUCCCUUGUCCACAUUUCUGUUCGCCAGAAACUUUCUGCAAGAUCUAGCAUAGGCUCCGGCCUCAAUACAGAUGCCAUGGUGGCGCGGUCUGGGGAGCAAGGAUCGGUUGCGGUAGUCUGCAGAAGCGAGGGAGGUGAAUUCUUGGGAGCUUCAGCUCUCACUCUAUAGGGAUCCUACGGUCCAGCUACGCUUGAAGCAAUGGCGUGCCGUGAGGCUCAAGCAUUGGCGCACGAUGUCAACGACCUCCAAAAUAUCUGUGUGGCGAGCGACUUCUUGGAAGUGAUCAAGAACCUCCAUAAUCCGUACUUUGGUUGCUAUGGUGCUGUUAUCCGUGAGAUCAAGGAAACUUCCAUCUCCUUCACCUCAUUGGUUUUUAGGCAUGAAUCAAGGAGCUUCAACGGGGAGGCUCACCGACUAGCUCGUAAUUUUGUGUCUUUAGAGUAGUCAUAGGCUCUGGCUUCUUCAACCUGUAGAAGGUUUAUGUAUUCCUUUGAAUGUUUCAAAUAAUCAAUAAAGAGCUGCCGGUACUAAAAAAAACCACUUG